GAUCCCGCUUCCAUACCGGCAAGGAGAUUGUUGGCAUCUUUACUAUUACAGGGUGCACAAGUCUUUCCUUUUGGUCCGAGUGUGGUUCAAUCAGCAUCACAAUCCUCUACUUCCAUCCUUCGUGCUAAUGCCCAUGCUGCGAUUGAAUUGCUUGAAAGUGGUCCACAAGAUAUCUUUAUGGACGUCGGAUGUGCACGUAUUUUCGCAACUGCUUGCUCAGUUCUGGGAAGGCUGAAAGAAGCAGAAGAAGCGCUCUCUUGGACAAUCCGAGAAUCGGAGAAUGGUGAAAACAGCUCUGAAAGUUCUUCUUCCGUUUCUUCCAGAACAAAGGGAGAUGAUCCAAAGCCCGCCCAAAGACCAUUGACCUCAUCGGAAAAUGCUAGGAAAGCGUCUAUGUUUUCUGAGCUAGGAAGAAUGUCUUCAAGAACGAAUCGAAUGGAUGACGCAAAAAUUCACCUUAAGAAGGCGAGAGAGUUGGAUCAAUGGAGCUGGAGCGCUUGGUCAGGUUUAUGCGAUAUAGGCAUGACGAGGACGGCAAGCAACAAGCGUACUGUAGCCCAAACCAUCACCCCUUCGUCUACCACAUCAUCACUGGCUAGACCCGGUAGUCGGACUGACGCAACGAUAGCAUCGAAGCGGAUGCGAACUAUGCCAUCAAGCCAGCCAGGACCACAAACACAGAAAGCUGGUGCUGGAAUGAAUGGAGGUCGAGGAAAUGUGACUGGUAGAGUUGGAACAGCUAAUGAUCCUGCUAAUCGACCUGCAUCGAAUCUUGUUGGUGCCAAGAGAAGUCGACCCGUUAUGCGAUCUAUACCCACUUCAAGUUCAUCUUCCUCCGAUGCAGAAUCAGUCAAUGUACCGACAGGUGGCUUCACAUCAAAGAGUGAAACGGGACCAAAAGCGUCUGACAAAGGCUUGAUGGAAAUUGUCCAGACAGCUGCAUUAGAGGCCAGUCGACAAGCGCAAGAAUAUGAUGCCAUUGAUGCUCAAAUUUCCGAGCUUUUACGCACUCUUGCUAGAGCAUAUCAUGCCGUACGCAAUGCUCGUGGUCGACUUGCUUUAGCUCUGUUACUCUAUGGCGGCUUAUCUUCCAUCCAUCGAAAUUGCGCUGAUAUCCAAUGUCUAUUAGGAAGAGCGUAUCAUGACUUGGGACGAUACCAUCUUGCAGAAAAGCAUUUCCUUCAUGCUCGCCAUCUUUCACCAUCAUUUCUUGCGCAUAUGGAUAUCUUUAGCUUGUCUUUGUUCCAUUUACAGCGCGAAGUACGUCUCUCACAGCUUGUGAAGGAGUUGCAAUUGCUCGAUCCUACCAGUAGUAUCACCCAUAUUGCAGCUGGAAAUGCGUUCGCAUUGCAGCAUGAACAUUCUGCAGCUUUACGAUCAUUUCAAAAAGCUUGCUCUGCUGCUCCCAAUCAUGCAUAUGCUUUCACCUUGGCAGGCUAUGAAGCGAGCGAAUUGGGCGAUAAGGAAAAGAGCUUGCAAUACUUCCGUGAAGCAAUUCGUAUUGAGAAAAGACACUGGAACGCGUACGCUGGAAUAGGUCAAAUUCACUUGCAAGAAGAGAAAUUGAAUGCAGCUUCCUAUUACUACGGACAAGCUUUGGAAUUGCAACGUAGUAAUGCAGUUUUGUGGGACAUCUUUGGUAGAAUCAAGAUGGCACAAGGCAUCUUGGGUGAAGCAGAACGUUCGUUCGAAUGUGCUUUACGCCUGGAUAAUAAUUCGGCAAUGUCUCACAUCAAAAUGGCCGAAACCCUCCUACGUCGUUCUACUGUUGAGAAUGAUCAUUCCACAUUAAUCAAACAACAUGAACGCGCUCAUAAUCAUCUUUUGAAAGCUGUAAAGCUCGCUCCUGAUGAAGCACACGUUCACUUGAUGUUGGCAAAAUCGUACAUGGAUAAAGGAACAGGAUCAUUUGCAACCCUUUUGCGUAAUGGCAAUCGAAAUACGAAUACUGUUGCAUCGGAUCGUGAAGAUGUUAAAGAUGGUCCAGAAGAACAACAAAUUCGGGCGACAGGUCAAGCAACAUUACCGAACAAAUAUCGAGCAGAAAUUGCUCAGCACUUAAGUACGGCGAUCGAUUUGAAUCCUCGAUUAUCUCGUUAUGUUAAAGCGAUGGGAGAAGGUGCUCGUGCUGCUUUACGUGGU